UAUCUUUUGAAAUGUGACAUUGAUAGUUUAAUAUUAUGAUGUGCACGUAAAUUAUCUAUACAUUUUCAGACAUAAUGUUAAUAAUGCAAAUAAAUCCACUUUUGGACUACAGACACCCGCGAUGAAGCUGCCGUUUAACCAAGUUUUGGCUCCUAUGUUAAAACCUCACCUUGGACAAACCAGGCUGUUCUGUCACCAUCCUACAUUCUGCAUGAGUAUAUUGUACACAUACUCGUAUGGCGUACUGGGUUUUUUGAUAAGUGCAAAUCAUUUGAGGAAGCACUUAGGUGAGCUCCCUCCAUCAUGUUCAUCGGACACUGCAGUAAGAGAUGACAGCAACUUCAUGUUGCUCCAUGACUUAAAGAUCAUUGCGACGUCAAUGGGACUAGUGCAGUACGCCUGUCUGUUAGUAGGAUGUUUCACUUUGAAUCACGUCGGCACUGAGCAUUCGGACGGCAUUAAAAUAAAAUUGCGAGCAUUGUUGGUAGCGCUUCUUGGGGUGUCCAUGUCGGCAUGCGCUUUCGCGUCCCAACCCGUCGAACUAGAGUUGGACGAUGACGAUGUCGCACAGAAACUUAACAACGUCAGCUUUGCUAGACGGAUUACCAAGCCAACAAUUCGACUAGUGAUGGGUUACGGGAAACUCAGUGCGUUCGUCACCGCAACAACCUCACUGCUUUUACUGGUAGCUGUAAUGUCUAAACAAUCGUGGUGGCGUCGUGGAGCUCGGUGGCUGGCUGCCCCAGCGCUGCUGGUUGCUGCAUUAGAGACUGCGUCGGACGCCAGCGAUGCCAUGCUGGCUGCCGUGCUGCGUGGCUCCGCCGAACCAGCGCGGGUCGCCAUACAAACUGCCGCCGCUGCUCUGCUCAUCACCGUUGAAAUACUAGUAUGGUAUUUUAUUGCGAAAUUUUUUGAGUAUAACCCUCCAGCGACAGCCGAGGAACGUGAGAAAGAGAAUCUUAUGAGAGCAAUGCCACAAUAAAUAAUAGGUACUCUUACAGAAACAAAACUACAGCUCUACUUUUGUACAAAUAAAACAAUUUUGUGAAAAUA